AUGCUCAAUAAAUAUAUUCGCAAACAACAUACACCUAAUAGAGCUGUAGCUAGGGAGCUAAGUGAUGCCGUAGAUGAUGUAAAGAAUGGUGAUAUGGAUAUUAAUGAAGCCGCCAAAGCAUUUGAAAUAGCCAAAACGACUUUUACACUUUUAAUAAAAACAAACAAUAUGAAUAAGAUUAACCGAUUGGGUCCAGAUUGA